AGAGAGAAAGAGAGAGAGAGGUUUAUGAGGGGCUAAUUCUAUAAAGAAUUGGCCCUUGAGGAUUUGCCCUGGCUGUCAUAAUGGGAGCCACCAAUCCUUUUGGAUUCUUUCUUCAAAGAAGCAACCUUUUAAUAUUUUCUUUCCCUGUCUCUGCGUAAGAAGUAAUUGCAAGCUCCAUUUAGUGAUCUCUCAGCAAGCCAAACAGGGCACAUCCCUCUCCUCCUACAGUUUCCUGGGAAAAUGAAGAGAAAAUUUGUUGGGUUAAUGCCGUUUGUCAUAUUCUUUUGUGCUCAAGCCCUUUCAAGCUUGGCUCUUGAUGAUGAAACACUUUCCACGGCUACAGCCAAGGAUUUCCCCCCCUCGCAGCAAGUGAAUGAUGAUGGUUCUUGGUUCUGUGGGAAAAGGCAAUUGUUAGAGGCAGGAGAGGUUGUCCGGAGAUCUGGACGGAAAGGGAAGGGAUCUUAUGGAGGUGCAAAUGUAGUUCACCGCCCAAAUCCUCGGAAAAGUGCAGGAUCGCCGGCGGCGGCGGGGCUGUGGCGGUGGUCUUUUUUCUUCAUCACCUUCACCACCAUAGAACUACUACAUGCUGGCUUCAAUCUGGUCCUUCCCCUACCAUUUUGAUGAUACCUCUCAAGUUUGUCGCGUUUGUGUGUGUGUGUGUAUGUAUAUAUAUAUAUAUAUAUAUAAUUCAGGCUAUUUAGCCUUCUAUUGUGCAUGGGUUGAUGUGCGACGUCGUUUUGGGGCUCUUUUCUGACGGGCACAGGAUUAAGCUUUUGACAAGUGGCAGCUAGCAUGCGAUACUUCCUAGUAGUGUACAAUGGAAUGGUCCUGAGCUCGUCGGGCUUUCGGAUAUGUUUGCUGUUUUUUUUUUCAUUUUAUAUGUUUGUCUCAGUACUUUUGUGGAAGUGAGAUUAAUUAGAUUUGUUAUGACAAUUAAUUAAAUAUUAUUGUGUUGUCGGUUUAAA